CUCCCCUACAUCCUUUUGCGGUCUGGUAGCAUUCGCACUGUCCGCAACAGUGACGAGCGGCCGCUGAAAGGAAGCUUGCGGUGUCGCAGAAGGUAAAUUUCUGGACGGUGGCCUCUAUAACGAAUGAUGGUCGCGUCAGUGGCAGCACAGCAGCAGCGCCUUCGCGGUCGCACAGGCUGGAGGUCACUCAGGCCUUUUGGAGGAAAUCGGACAUGUGCCACAGGCCAAUUGCGUCUCAAGUCCACGGGAUGUGCAUACAGCACUCUAUUUGCAGUACCCAAUCGCCGGAGAGAAGCCUGGGGUUGAUCGGUGAUAAGGAUACGUGACCCUCUGAGUUGCGGGCUUACUCGCUUCGGAGAGCUUGCCUAUAGUUCUGGGCCGAUUAUGGCCGCUCGGGAAAUAUUUGAAGACAGGCGCAAAGGAUGAAUUAACUUGCGAGGGAAGGAUGUAAGAUCAUGGGAUCGGAUAGGCGAUCUGGGGAGAGAAUUUUC